AAGGCAACCGCGAACGCGAGUGGUUUAGGAUCACAAGAUUGCUUCCUUUUUUUUAAACAUAUUUUUUGAUUGUUCACCAAGGAUAAAGGGUAUUCGACCCAGUGAAGUGUGCAAAUGCAAACAGAAAUGUGGAUAAAUUGUGUGAUCACCCUAAUCCUGGCCGGCUGCACGCUGUCCGAUGCCUUCUGGUGGCCAAAGACAACAACGGAAACUCGGGAGCCAAGUGGCGGUCAGAUGAUGCAGCAGAUUCCGCUCACCUACUUCCGCACGUACACCUACCAGCCGCUGGCUCCGGGAUUCUUUGGGUUCGGAGCACCGCCGCAGUCGCCACUGCUGCCGGGCGUCUCCCAUCAGUACGAUCCCUAUGCCCAGGUGACCAGCUACGCGGCUGCCCGGCGGCAUGACUCGGUGGCCAGGCAGGAAGUGACUGCCCCGAGUAGCACCACUAGCACUACUACAACGCCUGCUCCAACGACCACAACGACGACUACGACAACUCCGGCUCCAACGACUAGUACUACCACGACCAGUACCACCACACCGCCACCUCUUCCUCCGGCUCCUCAAGUGUCUCAAUCCACCAGCACUAGUUUCUCUGAGGGAUCCACUUCCAGUCUGCUGCGCUUCGGCGAAUAUCCCACGUACAAUCGGCGGGUCAGCAACCUCUACAACUCCAGGCCGCAGUAUCCGUAUCCGGACUACUUCAACUACCAGCCGCCGCAGCAGCAGGAGCAAGGGGUCGCCUCCACUGGCAGUCGCAUCCAAUUCGUGCCCUGCAUGUGCCCCGUGAGCAUGCCCAGCCUGGUCUCAUCCUCGACAGCGGCCACAGCGCCUCCUCAUCUGGCCAGCUCAUCCCCUUCUUCCACUGCCUUUGUGGCCCAGCAGCCGGCGGCUCGUCACAUCGAGCGACAGGAAUUGGAGGCGGAAGCUGAUGGCGAGACAGCUGAGGGAGAGGCAGAGGAGGAGGAUGAUGACGAGGAGGAUGUGGAGGAGGAGCAGGGUACCAGCACCAGUAGUAUUAAGCCAAUCCUCGACUGAUUUUUCACUAAAUUCGGGGGGGUUAGCCCUUUAAAAUCGAGUAAAUGCCUACGUUUUUUUUUCUCUUAUUUAUGGAUUGUGAAAAUAAAUAGCAAGAGCCUGGAAAUAUUAAAAAGAAAAUGAUUAAUGGAAUUAAAAAUACACUUGGUUUUUUUUUUACAUUGAUUUCAUGUUCUUUUAUUGAUUCAUAUUCGUAUGCUCCAUCAAUUACAUUUACACAUUUAAAUUGUAUUUAUCAAUAUUCUAAUACUUUGCGCUUGCUGCACGGUUUUCAACUAGCCCCGAGCCAAGAUCCUUGAGCUCCGCCUUUCUUCCAUUCCUCCAUCUCCAAAGUCGCUCCUCCGCCACAUGAAACAUCCUCAAUUAGUGGAGGACACGAACGAUCCUUCUUCUACAAUCAUCAAUUCAACAAUUACAAUUACAUUUACUUAACUAGACGAACUUGUGCUUCGAGUCUUUGAAGUUGAAAUUAGCUUGAUUUUAGCGAUUUGAAAAAGGGGGAAACUGUUUUUCCACCCUGAUUUUCAUUUCAGCGGGGCGCCAAAGUGGUCUAAACGUAGUUAAUGCAUAGGUAGUACGAGUACAAAAAAGGGAGUUAAGUAUACAACUAAUCGGGGGAAAAUAUAUAAUCAGUCGUUUAAGUUUUUAGAUAUACAUGUAUACAUCGAUAUAUAAAUAUAGUCAUAAAUAUAUAUAAACUGCAUUCAAAUACAA